AUGCUCAUUCAUGACUCCAGCACAGGGCUGAUGGCCAGGGCUACCUUAACUGCAGGCACAGUGCUGGAGGAAAUUAAGUUCUCCAAACAACCUAUAAUCGAAACUAGAAUGAACCGAAGCAUUCCCGUGGAGGUUGAUGAAUCAGAGCCAUACCCGAGUGAAUUAUUGAAACCCAUCCCAGAAUAUUCCCUAGGAAAGGAACCAGUACUACCUGCUCCAGAUCAAAGGAACAUGGCCCCCUACAGCAGGGCCACCCCCCAAACCUCUCCCUCUUCCUCAGGAGACUUUUCUCAGGCUCACCCACCUCUGAAACUUUCCGAGCACCAGCGGCCCAUGUCCCAGCGGAUGGCCCAGCUGCGCACGAGAGUCCUGGAGGAAAGUGAAGACAGCUUCUGGAGGAGGCACCCAGAUCCUGGCAAAGAUUUUCCUUCAGGAUCCUCUGCAGCUAGUGAGCCUGACACCGUGUCUGUGAUCAGAGGUCACCCCGCAGAGCAUCAGUUUUCAUUUACGGAUAAGCAUCAUCCAUGGCUAGAAUCUCAGCUUCCGGCAGCUUCUCCUGACACUGGCCAUGACUCAGACAAUUCAGACCAGAGCUUACCUCAGACCUCAGCAGAGUCCUGGGGGAAUAGCCAAGUGACCAUGCAGCGACCCCAACUGCACAGGAACCGAGUGGCCCCAGAUCUGCCGACGAUAGACACGGGGUAUGAUUCACAGCCCCAAGAUAUCCUGGGUAUCAGGCAGCUGGAAAGGCCCCUGCCCCUCACUUCAGUGUGUUACCCUGCAGACCUUCCCAGACCACUGAGGUCCAGGGAGUUCCAUCUGUUUGAAGCGCCGAGAUAUCCUGCACAGAUGCUGCCUCCCAACCCUUCCCCGCAUGCUCAGUGGAACAAUCAUUACCGCUGCCCUGGAGAACCCGAUCACCAGGUGCCAUAUGGCCAAGAGUACCCUAGGGCAGCCUACCAACAAGUGGUCCAGCCAGCCCUGCCCGGGCAGCCCCUACCUGGAGCCAGUGGGAGGGGCCCUCAUCCUGUGCAGAGAGUCUUCUUGAAUUAUCCGAGUCCCUGGGACCAAGAAGAGACGCCUGUACAUAGAGACUUCUCCCCUCCAGGGAUCCCAAGGUACCAGGAUCCACCCCACAAGCCGCCACCUAACAGAGCCAGAGCUUCUGAGGAGUCCUUGGAGUGUCCCGGGGAGCUGAGAGCACAGGGACCCCAGGCUUUAUCCCCAGCUGCUGUUCCUAGACCCCCUAGUAACCUUCCAGUCAGAGGAACCCUAAAAACCAGCAAUUUGCCAGAAGAAUUACGGAAAGUCUUUAUCACUUACUCUAUGGACACAGCCAUGGAGGUGAUGAAAUUUGUGAACUUCUUAUCGACAAAUGGCUUCCAAACUGCGAUUGACAUGUUUGAGGAUAGGAUUCGAGGCAUUGAUAUCAUUAAGUGGAUGGAACGUUACCUCAGGGAUAAGACAGUGAUGAUAAUCGUGGCAAUCAGCCCCAAAUACAAACAGGAUGUGGAAGGCGCUGAGUCGCUGCUGGACGAGGACGAGCACGGCUUACAUACUAAGUACAUUCAUCGCUUGAUGCAGAUUGAGUUCAUCAAACAAGGAAGCAUGAAUUUCAGAUUCAUUCCUGUGCUCUUCCCAAACGCUAAGAAGGAGCACGUGCCCACCUGGCUGCAAAACACUCACGUCUACAGCUGGCCCAAGAACAAGAAAAACAUCCUGCUGCGGCUGCUCCGAGAGGAGGAGUACGUGGCACCUCCCCGGGGCCCUCUGCCCACCCUCCAGGUGGUUCCCUUGUGACCUAGUAGCCCAGGCCCACUGGGGGCCACCAUGCCACCGUGGGGCCUAUUCUUACAUCUUCUCUUGGAGGCUAGCUGGCAGCAUUUGCUGCUGCUGCUG